ACUUUCCAGGAUGCACGCCCGCACUCGUGCGAGGACGCGGGUGUAGGAAUUGAUAUGGUCAUCAUCAAUGGCAUUGCAGUCGUAGUAAGCAAACAAAUUCAUUUGUCCUGCAUCUGUCCAUCACCUACCCGAAUCUAGAGAGGAUAGAAGCUGCAUCCCAUCACCGAACUUGCCAAAAUGAGCGAUAAUCCAGACUUCAACGCCACUCGCAAUGCCGCCCAAAACGGAGACAAGAAGGCACCAGCCAGCUCAAGAUUACGGCCAAUCCCCAAAGAAAUACCUCCGAUGAAAGACCUCACAACAGACAAUAUCACAGAAAAUGUCGUAGCCCUCAACAACCUCUGCUCAGACCCUCGAACCAGAUUCAUCUUCGAACGCCUCGUCCACCACCUCCACGACUUCGCCCGCGAGACCCAACUUACCUCCGAAGAAUGGAUGAAAGGGAUCCAAUUCCUCACAGCAGUCGGACAAAUCAGCGACGACCUUCGAGCAGAAAUGAUCCUCCUCUCUGACACCCUCGGCCUGAGUCUCCUCAUCGACGCCAUCGACCACCCACGCAUAGGAACCGCCACCGAAGGCACCGUCCUCGGACCCUUCCACACAGCCGACGCACCUGUAACAUCAAACGGCUACACCCUCCACUCAGACCCAGACGCCGAACGCCUCUUCGUUCUCUGCACAGUAAAGAACACCAAAGGGGAGCCAAUUCCCGAUGUAAAAUGUGACGUCUGGGAAGGCGACGCAUACGGUUUCUACGAUGUGCAAAACCCUAAUCGAGACCACCCAGAUGGUCGCGCAGUUCUACGAUCCGACGAGAAAGGAAUCUUCUACUUCGUCGCCGUCGUACCAGUUCCAUAUCCAAUUCCGAACGACGGACCAGUAGGGAAAAUGCUCGAUCUGCUGAAUCGACAUCCUAAUCGUCCCGGACAUGUACAUUUUAUGCUCGAGGCUCCGGGGUACGAUAAGUUGGUGACGGCGCUGUACCCGAGAGGGGAUCCAUAUGAGACGAGUGAUCCGGUGUUUGGAGUAAAAGAUUCAUUGAUUGUGGAUUUGGGGAUUGUGGAUAAGCAGAUUGCGGAGCAAUAUGAUGUGAAAGAGGGAACUAGAUUGUUGAAGUACGAUUUUGUUUUGGCGUCUGAUGCGGAGGCUGAUGCUUUGAGGAAGCAGAAGAGAGAAGAGGCGGCGAAGAAGUUGGGUUUGGAUUUGGAGAGGCUCAGUUUGGGGUGA